UAGAAGUCACAUUAUGUUUUCUUGAUAUUUGAAGUAGUAGGAUUUUUGCCAAGAGAAAAGGCUGUACAUAUACCAAGCUUAUGUGGGAGGAAAAAUAUGAAGUUGUGAUGACUUUUUCCUUAGUUCAAAAGUUGCAAAAAAAUGGAGAGUUAAAGAGCACCUUUUGAUAUGCAAUUGAUUCAAUUCAUAUAGAAUAAAAUUAUUAUUAUUAAUAUUAGUAGUAGUAGUACUAGUUUUGAUGGAGAGCGAGGGGAGAGGCUACUCGGAGUUUUACAGGAACACGAGCGAAGAGAUGUUCAUCAAGACGAUGAUGGAGAGCCCCGUUGGAGUACCAAUGGAGAUGCUGGGAUUCAAGAACCUCACCCCGAGUUUUCGAACAGACAGCGAGGAGCUCUUCAAGAGCUGGCUCACAAAUGGAGAGAACGGUGGCUGCCAUUCAGCUGGCGUCGGGCAUCGCCCUCGACCGGCAUCAAGAAGGAUCUCCACAGAACUAGCUGGUUUGAGCAAUCAAAACACGAGGCAGAACAACGAAGAUACGUUUCCACAAUCCAGUUACGUGGUUGCUGCUGAUCUUGAAUCAACGAGGUCUGAAGACUUCAAAGGGGUGCAGCAGGCUAGCAAUCUGUUUCUGGCAAAGGCGUGGUUCCACAGUUCUCAGCCUAUGACUAGGAGCAGAUCAUCUGAACUGAGGAGGAGAUAUGUUGCAAUGCAAAACUCACAAACACCAAUAGGCAUUGAGGCCAUGAUUCAACAACAACAACAGCAGCAACACACACACUUGAACAACAACAACAACAUGUCAACAAGCUAUGAAAAUCCAACUCAUUUCAAUGCAACAUCAUUCAUGUCUCCAUCCAAUUCAUCCUCGUCCACGUUCCACAACCCUCAAAUGGGAUACGAGGACAAGAUCUCGUCUGUUGUCAGCAUGCUCAAGGGCACUCUAGAGCGCAAGAAAGUCGAGAGAGGAGCCGUUGAUGCCACUGCCACCUACUAUGAUAAUAAUGGUGGACAAAUUUUAUGUGACGCGUUUGAGAAUCAAGGGACUUUUGGGGAUGUUUCUGUGCUCGGAGAUGAUGAGACGAGGGCGCUGCAUACGAUAGAGGAGUCGUUGAUGGAGGGCAUUUUGGGACCUCUCAACCAGAUGAGCACACUGUCAAGGGAGCCAUCUCAGAGUGAGUCUUCUGCUGCUGCACCCAUGGCUUCAAGUGGUGUUGACAUCUACGAAGAUCCUUGCAUCUCCGCACAAGCUCCUAGUGUUUGUGAGAGCUCAAGGCAUCAAAUGGGGAGGCGAAGAAGCCCUGAAGAUUGCUCAAGGAGCAGAGAUUUUAGAGAACGUGUGUAUGAUAGCUCAAGAGAAGAUCAAAAGCAAGAAGGUUUAGUUCGAUAUGGAUCCAUCAAAUCAACUGGUUCAGUUGACAGAGGAGAUCCAACAAAAAAACGUAGGGUGGAGCGAUCACGCAAGAUGGCGGAGGCGAAGGAGAAAAGUUCGACGCCACCAGUGCCGUCGGACAUGCAAUCCAUCUUGAAACGAUGUGAGAAUCUCGAGAAGGAAGUGCGUUCACUUAAACUCAACUUGGCUUUUAUGAACAGAAAGGAUUCAGAGCAGACUAAACAAAUUGAAGAGCUUCAGAAACAGAAUCAAGAUCUGGGAGAUGAAAAGGAGAGACUACUUGAAGAGAUUGAGAGGAUCAUUUCAGAAACUGCCAAUAUCUAACUACUUUUACCACCAACCUAAACGUUUCUAUUAUUCCACUUUUUCACUACAACUCUCUAAAUGUUCCCAUCUUUAUAAUACUUCAAUCUAUGCUAUUAGCUUUCCAAGAUUAUGGACACAAUACUUCCUGCGUAUGCUAUAUGA